AUGAUUUGCUUGGACCGCCAGCUUCACAGGUGUGGUUGUGAUGACAUUGACGAGUGCUCUCAGAUCCCGGGCCUGUGCAGUGCAGGUCAGUGCUCCAACACCAUCGGCAGCUACUUCUGCAGGUGUCCGGUGGGCUUCGACACGGCGCUGGACGGCUCGCGCUGCAUCGAUGCUCAGACGGGGUUCUGCUACGCUAGCAUCGUGAACGGACGCUGUGCUAACCCGCUGCCACAGCGCAUGUCCAAGAGUCAGUGCUGCUGCGAGAACCGAGGAUGCUGGUCCGGAUCCACCGUCCCAGAGAUGUGUCCCAUCCGCGGAACAGAGGAGUAUCAGAGACUCUGUCUGUAUAGUUACACGGUUCCUGAUCCAGACCGACCAGAUCUAGGUCAGAUUCCCAUUCUGGUUCCUGGUAUUAUUCCUCGCCCCGGUCCUGGUCCGGAUUUUCCUGAUGUCCCACGAGAUCCCAUACCUGUGAGACCGUACCGUCCCAUACCGCCCACAUCUGUUGACCUUCCCUCAUUCACCAUCAGACCUGUCAUCGUGCCUCAGAACAUCAGCAUCAGCAUCAGGAAACAGGGGUACAACCCUCAAAAGGACACAUUUGUACCUUCUUUACCCCUAAAGGAAGGGUAUGAUGCAAUGGAGGGCACCUCAUUGCUAAAUGAGGAUAUGAUUGAGGAUGAUGAUGGCGCCAGCUCCUCAGCUUAUCAGGAAAUCGAGCGGUUUGAAAGAGAAAACGCUGCACGUAGUCAACACAGCACCAGUUCCACGGUCACGGCUAUCUCCAUUCCUCCUACCUCCUCGCAUGCCUACCGAGUCCCGUGUCCGCCCCCGUCCCAGCCCCCACCGGAUCCACCUGUUCCGCAGGCUAUUCAGGCUUUCAAGGAGUCCGCAAACAUGGUGGCUGCCUUCAACAUGCAGUGGAAGGAGGAGAUAUCGGCGAUGCGCUACGAGCUAGCAGAGCUGCGCAGGGAUGUUUGCGGAGAGCUCAAGACUUUCAACAGCAACUUCUUUAAUUUCACCCAGUGCUAUAACAUGUGGACCAUGUGCCGGGACGCUGCCACUGGCACCAGUUCCAGCACUAGCGAGAGGGUGUCUGUUGGCGUCCAGACCGGCGCUAAUGGUCUGGUGAGACAAAACACUGCAGACGCCUCAGUAAUGUGUCAGCCAGAACCGGCUGCCUUCAACAUUUUCGACCUGAUGGAGCCUCCGCGCAUCGAGAUCACUGAGGGAACUCCUGAAGGAACCACGGCCACCAACAGCCCAACCAGUCCUGCCAGUCCAGAUAGACCCACCACCGGCCCACCGCUGUCCAAGCCGUUGGGACGGUCCAAACUGGACACUUGCAAAAAGAAGAAAAACUGCAGUCGAGCGGACGAUCUGGAUGAGUGCGUGGCCAACGGUCGCAUCUGUAACAACGGCCGCUGCGUCAACACAGAGGGCAGCUUCCACUGCGUGUGCAACGCCGGCUUCGAGAUCUCAGCUGACGGAAGGAACUGCCAAGGCAUCUGUAACAACGGCCGCUGCGUCAACACAGAGGGCAGCUUCCACUGCGUGUGCAACGCCGGCUUCGAGAUCUCAGCUGACGGAAGGAACUGCCAAGACACUGAUGAGUGUUUGAUAAGGAACAUCUGUCUGAACGGCAUGUGCAUCAAUGAAGACAGCAGCUUCAAGUGCAUCUGCAAACCUGGAUACUUGUUAGAGGGCACCGGACGAUUCUGUGUGGAUGUGGACGAGUGUGAGGUUCCCGGCAUGUGUAUGAACGGCCACUGCGUCAACACCGAGGGCUCGUUCCGCUGCGAGUGUAUGCCGGGACUCGCCGUGGGGCUCGACGGACGCGUCUGCGUAGACACACACAUGCGAAGCACGUGUUACGGAGGAUAUAAGCGCGGUCAGUGUGUGCGACCGUUCUUCGGCGCCGUGACCAAAUCCAAGUGCUGCUGCGCCAGUGUGGAGUACGCCUACGGAGAGCCGUGCCAGCCGUGCCCGAUUAACGGCGUGUGUGAGAACAUGCUCCGAACAUACAAGUGUAACUGUAAUCUGGGCUUUGAGGUGGACAUCAGCGGGAAGACCUGCAUCGAUGUGGACGAGUGCAUGAUAAACAGACACCUGUGUGAGAACGGCCUGUGCAGAAACACACCGGGCAGCUUCACCUGCCACUAUAUAAACGAGUGUGCGCUGGAUCCUGAUAUCUGUCAGAACGGCGUGUGUGAGAACAUGCUCCGAACAUACAAGUGUAACUGUAAUCUGGGCUUUGAGGUGGACAUCAGCGGGAAGACCUGCAUCGAUAUAAACGAGUGUGCGCUGGAUCCUGAUAUCUGUCAGAACGGCGUGUGUGAGAACAUGCUCCGAACAUACAAGUGUAACUGUAAUCUGGGCUUUGAGGUGGACAUCAGCGGGAAGACCUGCAUCGAUGUGGACGAGUGCAUGAUAAACAGACACCUGUGUGAGAACGGCCUGUGCAGAAACACACCGGGCAGCUUCACCUGCCACUGUCCGAAGGGCUUCACCUUCCAGCCCGAGACAGAGUUUGCAGACCUGCGCACGGAGCUGUGUUACCUCACACAUAUCGACGAGCGCUGCGGCGCUCCGAUCCCGGGCCGGCACCGUGUGGACGCCUGCUGCUGCUCCGUGGGUGUGGCCUGGGGCCCGGAGUGCGACGAGUGCCCGGAGAAAGGAACGCUGGAAUACACUCAGCUCUGCCCUCGGCCCGGAUUCUCCCACCGCGGAGACUUCAUCAACGGCAAGCCCUUCCUGAAAGAUAUAAACGAGUGUAAGAUGAUCCACAGCUUGUGCACAAACGGCCGCUGCAGGAACACCAUCGGUAGCUUCCGCUGCAGGUGCGACAGCGGCUUCGCUCUGGACUUUGAUGAAAGGAACUGCACAGAUAUCGACGAGUGCCGCAUCUCUCCUGAUCUGUGCGGUCACGGCACGUGUGUGAACACAGCCGGUGAUUUCCGGUGCGAUUGCUUCACUGGAUACGAGAGCGGUUUCAUGAUGAUGAAGAACUGCAUGGACAUCGAUGAGUGCGAGCGCAACCCUUUGCUCUGCAGAGGAGGUGAAUGCAUCAACACCGAGGGCAGCUUCCGCUGCGAGUGUCCAGAGGGCCAUGAGAUCGCUUCUGACGGCUCCGCCUGCCUGGAUAUCAAUGAGUGUGAACUGAGUGACAAGCUGUGCAGGAACGGUCAGUGUGUGAACAUGAUCGGACGCUAUCAGUGCUCCUGCAACACCGGCUACAAAUCCACCGAAGACAGGCUCUCGUGCAUCGAUAUCGAUGAAUGCACCAUUGAGAACGGCGGCUGUGAGACAUUCUGCACCAAUUCAGAGGGAAGUUACGAAUGCAGCUGUCGCCGCGGUUACGCCCUCAUGCCUGACCUCAGGAGCUGCACAGAUAUCGAUGAGUGUGAGGACAGUCCUGACAUCUGUCAUGGCGGUCAGUGCACCAACAUCCCCGGUGAAUUCCAGUGCCUGUGUUUUGAUGGCUACAUGUCGUCUGAGGAUAUGAAAUCAUGUCUGGAUGUGAACGAGUGUGAGCUGAAUCCAAACAUCUGUCUGAGCGGGAAGUGUGAAAACACAAAGGGCUCGUUCAUCUGUCACUGUGACCUCGGCUUCUCCGUCAGGAAAGGGACGACCGGCUGUACAGGUGAGACGCCCUUCACACACAGUGGAGGAAGUGAGGAUGAAACCAUAGAGGAUAGGCGAGUGGGAGAGAGCGAGCGUAGGUUUCGCCGAAAGGUGACCUGCAGAAGAGUUUGUGUUCUGUCCGGAGUCAGUCUGAGGUUUAAAGUAAUGAGGAAGUGGUCUGAGGUGUGCAACGGAGUAACUAAAGUGUUGUCAGUGGAGCAGUAG